AUGAGAGCACCUAAGGAGCCUAAGAUCAAGCCGCCUUCUAUUGAUGCUUACCAUGGAACCACUGAUCGAGACAUGCAUCUGCUAGCCUAUUGGCACCACAUGUAUGUUCAGGGGACAAAUGAGUCUACCUGGUGCAAGUAUUUUCCAGGAACACUAAAAGGGGUAGCGUCAAAAUGGCUCGAGAGGCUUCCGGCAGGGACGAUUAGUUCUUUUUUCGAGCUUGAGAUGUUGUUUUCCACUCGGUUCAUGGCUUACAAAGAAGAGAAGAAGACAAGUAUGCACUUGAGUCGGAUUCAGCAAUGGAAAUACGAGUCAUUAAGAAGUUACGUGAAGCAAUUUAAUUUGGAAUCAGGGCAAAUCCCGGACCUGCCUGAUGGUGUAGCAUUCGACAACUUCAUUCGUGGGCUGAAAAAGGAUGAAGUGUUGGAUGAGGAUAAGGCGUUCAUUCAUGCAACUGAAAUUUGUAGCGUCCCAAAAGACCCCCGAGGAAGUGAUAACGCCGAGCCAGAAGAGAAAAAAGAUAAAUUUGAAAAGAAGGGUUCCCGGCCAAAUGGAACGUGGGCCAUUUCGAAGGAACCUACUAGGGUUCCAACGGCUGCAGGGAAAAAGAGGGGAAGGACCUAUGAUCGAGAACGUUUUGAAUAUAACACUGACUUAAUAUCCCAUUCUGAUGGACCCACAUUUCAGCGGCUAAUUAACACUGUUUUCUGCAAGCAACUUGGUCGAAACAUUGAGGCUUACAUUGACGAGAUGAUUGUAAAAAGUAAAGAGAGAGCGGCACAUCUGACCGACUUGAAAGAAACAUUUGAAACACUUCGUUCUUGCAAAAUGAGGCUGAACCCUAAGAAAUGCGUUUUCGGAGUAACUUCAGGGAAGUUUCUCGGUUUCUUGAUUGAUGAACAGGGGAUAGAGACAAACCCAGAUAAAAUACAGGCGGUGAUGAACAUGAGCUCGCCAAAAACUGUCAAAGAAGUCCAGCGGCUAACGGGUUGUCUGGCGGCAUUAGGCAGAUUCCUAUCCAGGGCCGGAGAUAAAUGCCAUUAA